AUGGCCGACCAGGUUGAGGAGAUCCUCGAGGUUCCCCGCGAGUUCUUCAAGGACGGCGUGCAGUUCAUUAACCGCUGCCAGAAGCCCGAUCAGAAGGAGUUCCUGAAGCUGUGCCAGGCCGUCGGCAUCGGCUUCGGUGUCAUGGGCGCAGUCGGAUUCAUCGUCAAGCUGAUACACAUCCCCCUCAACGGCCUCCUCGUCGGCUCUGCAUAA